AACACAUCAUAUGCCUUCAAAUUCAACAUUAUACUGCGAUUAGAGCUUUUUUGAAGUGUCUUUGGACAAGAUGAAGUCAUUAACGACAAAGCUCAAACUCCUUCGACCUGUCCUGACGUCACUGUGUUCUUACAGCUCCACCGACCAAACCCUUCUUCUCAAUGAGUUCACCAGGUUCUGUUACCAAAGAGACCUUCCCAAAGCUCUGAGAGCGAUGGAUACGUUGCAAAGUCAUGGUCUUUGGGCAGACUCUGCAACUUACUCUGAGCUCAUCAAAUGCUGCAUGUCUCAUAGAGCUGUUCACGAAGGAAACCUCGUUCGUCGUCACUUAUACUUCAAUGGGCGCCAGCCAAUGCUCUUUCUUGCUAAUGUUCUAAUCAAUAUGUAUGUAAAGUUCAAUCUUUUGACUGAUGCUCACAACGUGUUCGACGAAAUGCCUCUGAGAAACGUUGUUUCUUGGACUACUAUGAUCUCUGCUUACUCCAGGAGCAAACAGCAGCAAAAGGCUUUGGAGCUUUUGGUUUCGAUGCUGAGAGAAGGUGUGAGACCAAACGUGUAUACUUACUCCUCUGUGUUGAGAUCCUGCAAGGAGAUGUCUGAUGUGAGAAUGCUUCAUUGUGGGAUCAUCAAGGAAGGCCUUGAGUCUGAUGUUUUCGUUAGGAGUGCUUUGAUUGAUGUCUUUGCUAAGCUCGGUGAGCCUGAGGACGCGCUUUCGGUUUUCGACGAGAUGGUUACUGGUGAUGCCAUUGUUUGGAACUCCAUCAUUGGUGGGUUUGCUCAGAACAGUAAAAAUGACGAAGCUUUGAAGCUUUUCAAGAGGAUGAAGAUAGCUGGCUUCACCGCUGAGCAGGCUACGUUGACUAGCGUCUUGAGGGCUUGUACUGGUUUGACUCUGUUGGAGCUUGGGAUGCAAGCUCAUGUUCAUAUAGUGAAGUACGACCAAGACUUGAUACUCAACAACGCGCUUGUUGACAUGUAUUGCAAGUGUGGGAGCUUGGAGGAUGCUCGCCGCGUGUUCAACGGGAUGAAGGAGAGGGAUGUGAUUACAUGGAGCACAAUGAUAUCAGGGCUGGCGCAGAAUGGUUAUAGUCAAGAGGCGCUGAAGGUGUUUGAGUCCAUGAAAGCUUCUGGGACCAAGCCGAAUUACAUUACCAUCGUUGGGGUUCUCUUUGCUUGCAGCCACGCGGGACUACUUGAAGAUGGUUGGUACUACUUCAGAUCGAUGAAGAAGCUUUACGGAAUCGUUCCAGUGAGGGAACAUUACGGUUGCAUGAUUGAUCUGUUGGGAAAAGCUGGGAAGCUAGAAGAUGCAGUGAAGUUGUUGAAUGAAAUGGAGUGUGAGCCGGAUGCUGUGACGUGGAGAACACUUCUUGGUGCUUGUAGGGUUCAGGGGAACAUGGUGCUAGCCGAAUACGCAGCUAAAAAGGUCAUAGAACUCGAUCCAGACGACGCGGGGACUUACACGGUGUUGUCUAACAUAUACGCAAACUCUCAGAAGUGGGACAGUGUUGAAGAGAUCAGGACACGGAUGAGAGACAGAGGAAUCAAGAAAGAACCUGGAUGUAGCUGGAUUGAAGUAAACAAAAAGAUUCAUGCUUUCAUCAUCGGAGACGAAUCUCACCCUUUGAUAGUUGAAGUCAAGGAGAAGCUGAAGCAAUUGAUUGAUAGAAUGAUUGGCAUUGGUUAUGUCCCUGAGACAAACUUUGUGUUACAGGAUCUUGAAGGAGAACAGAUGGAGGAUUCUCUUAGACAUCACAGUGAGAAACUGGCUUUGGCCUUUGGAUUGAUGACGUUGCCUUUAGGGAAAGUGAUUAGGAUUAGAAAGAAUCUGAGAAUAUGUGGGGACUGUCAUGUGUUCUUCAAGCUCGCUUCAAAGCUAGAGAACCGCAGUGUGGUUAUAAGAGAUCCAAUACGUUACCAUCAUUUUGAAGAUGGAAAAUGCUCAUGUGGCGACUACUGGUGACAAUCGGAUGGCUUUAUGUAACAAUGUAAUAGAGUGUAAGUUGAUUAAUGAAUCAUAUAUUCAUAUUCAUCAAUUUGAUUACAGAUUUUUGGAACUAAUACAAUUUUUUGGUAUUUUUGUAUUUGGGAAUUAUUUCACAUGAAUAUGAGUCGAGUUAAUGGGAAGACACUACUACUGCACAUGGGUUUUGGAUCAUGCCAUGUCUUUAUAA